AUGGAGAAAAUUGAGCAUUCCUGUUCACCCAAGUGGGCGAGGGAUUACAAGGGCUUCAGUCAGGUCCCGGACCGCCUAGAAACUUCCUCGUAUCGAGUGACACGAGAACAAACUGGCCGUGUUAAUCUUACCACACCGGGGACCACCGCGGCUAGCGGACGCUUACGUCUGGUUAAUAACAUAAUCCCGAUAACCGGGCCGUCCGAGGGCCCGUUUCCGGCCGUAUUAACGUUUGCCAACAGUGUCAGCGUUGUUAACAAUCCCGAUAUCCGGAGGGGCUGGUCAGCU